GGCAGCGCCCCGGUGGCGGAGCAGCUGCAGCUGGCGGUGCAGCUGGAGGACAGCCUGCGCCUGCUCACGCCAAAAAGUGCAGCGUGGUGGCGGAGGAGGAGGACGGCGCCACCUGGAGGGCCUGCGCGGAGCUCGGAGGGUUCGGCGACAUCCUGAGGCUUCUGUUGCUGCAGCUGCGGGCGGACGAUCAGCUGGAGAAGAUUGCUGUCGCCACAAUUCCUGACACCCCUGGCGGUUACCUGGGGCCGCCAAUCAUCUCUGUUCUAGAGACAGAAGAAGAUGAUUUCAAAGAUGGCCAGUUAAAAGCUAAUGAAGUCCUCCUAGAUAGGGAAAGAUGGAGGUACGCACGCAGCCUGAAGAGCUUUUAUGGUAAAGGCCUGGAGGAACUGUUGAGCGUUGUUGCGCCACACCUGGAGGAGCUGCAGAUCGAGGACGAGGUGCAGCCGAGCGUGAUGGUGGAGGUGGAGAAAAUGAAGUCUCUCAAAAGACUGGAAGUAAAAUGUGUUGAUGAAUUGGACUACCCGGACCUCCCCUUGCAGCUCGAGGAGCUUACGAUUCGUUUGCCUGGAGAAAAUCAGUUGCGGUGUGUGGUUCGGAUGGCCCGACUGCGCAGCCUGCGGAUAAACAAUUGCUUCUGUCCGGAUAUGAACUUCAUUCCCUCGCAGCACGGGGCCCUGCGGUGGCUUAGCUUGGGCUUCUGUGUAGACCGCAAGAACAUCAUGAUGUCGCUGAUCCGCGCCUACGCCUCAUCAGUGCAGGAGCUCCACAUAGUCUGUAGCGUCAGGAAGGACUAUUUGGAUGAAGCAUUCUACUUCCCCGAUCUCGGCGAGGAGCUGGCGGCGUGCAGUCUUCACGCGCUGCUUCGGCUCGUCCUUGAACGUCCAGCAGACGACCCUUGCUCUGGCCAUGUCGCGGGCUGCCUGCUGCAGUGUCGGACAAUCGGAAUCUCCUUGCCUCACGUCCAAGUGGUCUGUGAAAUGUGCCACAAUUCUCCAUUCUAGGAAAAUUGCCUGAAGUGUACUUUUAACCUGCUUCUGUAACGCGGUUGUGCCUGUAAUAGCGAGCAAACGUGUACCCUUCCUGUCCAAACAGUCGCGAAAUGUACGUACGAAUGAUCUUAAAUAAAUGCUCAUUGUAGAAAUUA